UGGGACGGCAAGUGUGUAGGUGUUUAUCCUUUUCCGGAUCGUGGUCUGCCUGUUUUUAGCUGGCCGCAAGAGCCUGUAUCGAGCUUUGACCCUUCCCAUGGUGCGUGGCCCUCCCCUUGACUAGUGUCAGUUUCCGGAUUUCACUGUAAAACUUCGAAUACAGAAGGCUCGAUAUUCCAUGUAUUUAUAGUGAUUCACUGGCAAUUUUGUUGUCAUUACUGCAUCGAUUUCUACCGACUAUACAACAGAGUAAGAUGAUGAUACAGAUAACGCACUGACAUUGAACUAUGCGUGUGAAGUUGGUGGAUUAAGCGACGACCAGUUGUGUUCUAUGAUCGAUGAACGACUGAAUCAAGCUCGUUGAAAAACGCGUUGUUUGCAUUCUCUGUGACGAUUUUGAGCUGUUUCUUCUCAUCUUUGAGCACAUAUUCCAGCAUGAGUAGGAAAGAUCAGCUUCCAUGGUACCAUGGCGUACUUAAGAGAGUGGAGACCGAAGGCAUUCUCAACGGUAAACCCCCAGGAGUAUGGCUUGUCCGAGACAGUACCACGAUUCCUGGAGAUUAUGUACUAUCUGUUAGUGAGAGUGGAAAAGUUAGCCACUACAUUAUCAAUAACAAAGGGACCAUGUAUACGAUUGGUGACCAAACAUUUCCAGAUCUACCCUCAAUUAUAGAAUUCUACAAGAAACAUUUUCUGGACACAACAACUCUGAAAGAGCAUGUACCAAACUCAGAGUGCAAUAUCAAAGUCAAAGCAUUAUAUGCAUUUCCCGGGAAGGAUGAUGAAGAUCUUCCUUUCAAGAAAGGUGACAUCUUAACAGUUAUUAGCAAAGAGGAGGAUAACUGGUGGAAAGCCAGGGACAGCGCAGGCAGAGAAGGGAUGAUUCCUAAACCAUAUGUUCAAGUGUUGUCAAAUGCGCCCUCUGCAACACACCCAUCCCCUACAGUUGGAAGUGGUCCCCUUCCUCCAGGACUAGCAUCAGGGGUAAAUGGCAGAAAAAGCAUGGAUUACCAGAAUCCCCCAAUAAACAGAGACCAGAUCCCAAAUGAUGGAUUUGACUAUGCAAUUGCUCUCAUGGACAGAGUAGUGCCAUAUGAUCACACACAACUAACAUUUAAGAAAGGAGAUAUAAUCAAAGUCGCAACAAAGAAGGUCGACGGGUCAUGGUUUGGAGAGCUCAAAAAUCAAAGUGGCUGGUUCCCUUUCAGCUACGUGCAAGAAGUGUCUCCUCAUGAACAGGGCAGAAACUUUAAUGGCAAUUAAUGACAUUCCAGCAUCUUCUAGACUCUUUUAGAUCUUCAAGACAAUCUUGAGGAACACACGCUCUGGAUGGCAGUAGACAGAUCAUCAAAUGAACCGUGUGCCCUGAUUCGCCUACAGUUGGUUAAAACUGGAGAAUUAGACAAAUGAAAAAGUAGAUAACGAAUCAGUGAAUGAGUUAGUAAGGUAUUUACAAUAAUGUUUUAUGGUUAUCUUUUAUAUUAUAAUAAAACUGUGGCAGCAAUUUUGUACUUAAUAUUCACAUCCUAGACCAAGGCUUUGUACAAAUAUGUGUUUAAAAUCGUUGCGUUAGUGGUAACCUUUUAGUAACCAACCAUAGCAAAAUGUGAUAGUUAUCCACUAACACUCCCUGUCAAAUGAAGAUUCCUGUAGUAUAUAAACCAAUAAAAUGAUGAUAAAAAUUGUUUUUUUGAAAAAUAAAUCUUGUAUCUAUUAAAAA